AUGCUGAGCUACUGGAUCGUUCUGAAGUUCUAUCCUGGAGGCGACGUUCAGAAGGAAAUUGACGAUUGCCGCGAGAAUGAGCUGGAACUGCCACUGGGCAAAGCAAAGAAUUGGGUGACCCAGCUCUGCAUGGCCUUGAAGCACGUGCACAGCCUGCGCAUCGUGCACAGAGACGUCAAAGGCAGCAACAUGUUCAUUACAGGAGCUCGAAACAUCGUGCUCGGGGAUUUCGGAGUGAGCAAGCAGCUCACUGAGUCGCAGCAGAAAGCCAUGACAUCUGUCGGUAGCCCCAUGUACAUGGCUCCGGAAUGGUGGGAUGGCCGUGGUGGUACUGCUGCAUCUGACAUGUGGAGCGUUGGCGUGGUUCUCUAUGAACUGCUAGCGCUGAGACGGCCUUUCGAAGCUCAGAAUGUUCUCUCUUUGGUGCACAAGAUCACAACGGAGGAGCCGCCCGCCUUGGACGACGAUGCUGACCAGCAGCUUGCAACUCUGGCGAUGCGGCUGCUUCAAAAGAGGCCGGAGAGUCGACCCAGUGCCUCUGCAGCCCUCGGCUUGCCCGGGCUGGACGAUGUGGAGAAGAUCCUGGGGAACCUUUGUGAAUGA